AUGACGUUCUACGGUCACCGCAACAGAUGGUCCAGCUACUUUCUGUCCGGCUUCUUUGCCCUUGCCUUGAUCUGCGUCUCCAUCAUUCUCAAGGUCGGCGUCGAGUCUGCUGUCAAUCCGCCGUCCAAGGCCAUCCGCGGCCUGUUCCUCGUCGCUGCUGUCAUCGCCGGUGCAGUAGGAGGCGCCAUUUCUAUUGUCUUUUGGCGUGGAGCGGGCCUUCUUGCCUGUGGACUCGGUGGCUUCUUCUUUGGUCUGUUCCUGCAAGCUCUGCGACCGGGCGGUCUCAUUCGCCCCGUGGGCCUCCGCUUCAUCUUGUACUUUGGACUGUACGCCAUCUUCUUUACAGUCAGCUGCAACGGACGCGCUCAUUCACUCGUGCUGGCUCUAGCCACCGCCAUCAUUGGUGCUACCGCUCUUACGCUCGGCAUCGAUUGCUAUUCGACCCAAGGUCUGAAGGAGUUCUACGUCCGAAAUCUUGGUUUCGAUUCGCUCUUCCAGAACAAGUAUCCGCCCACCUUCCAGAACGGCCGCUUCCCGCUCGUGCAAGGCAUGCAGAUCGAGCUCGGUGUCCUCGGCGCGCUCAUCCUCAUGGGCUUCGCUUUCCAGAUGCGUCUCUGGUCCGACAUUCGGACACAGCUCGCGGCGCUCAAGCGCUCGGACGAGCGUCGCAACAUGCGAUCAAAAGCCGAACGCGCCGCCCGUGCGGUCGCGCGCACUGCCAAGCGUGACCUCGCAGAGUGGGAAGCGCGACACGGCUACAACAAGACCGCGAGCCGCAACAUCGCCGGCAAAGAUGAGGAAAAUGGCGUUCAGUCCGCACCUUCAGCCGACUUGAAGGACAAUCGAAGCCGCACGAGCUCUUUCAUGACUCUUUUCCGUGCCAACACCGAUGGCACGCAGCUACUCAUGCCGCUGUCUCCCACCGAAAAGAUCGCACACUCUCCAGCUGCAUCAAGCGUUCUCGACAACAAUGCCUAUCCGUUCCCUGCCCAAACCGCUAGCCGUCACAGCGCGAACUUCCUCGAGUACAUUCAAAAGGGACCGGAACCGGUCGAGGCUGAAGGUCCGCUGCGUCUCGAUCUACCAUCGCUCACCUCUGCAUUGGAUCUCGGACCCAGUCACCCUGCUACCGCCGCAUCUGAGGCCAUUCCGAUGAGCCCCGUUCACAGCGUAAAGAUGGGCGAUAUGCCGAGAUCUACGAGCCUGUUUGCUUCACAACAGCAGCCAUCCGUCGACCCGACCCGGUCCGCUCCCUCUGAGACGAUCACGGGCGUUGGAUCUUUCCGUCAGCGCUCUGCCUCCACAGCAGCCUUGAUGGACAACUCCGCGAGCUUCAUGGACAUUGCACCAGUUCAGAAAGAGCCGAGCAACCCACCCAGCCUCUCCAGCUCUGCUCUUGUGUCCGAGACUGGUCAGUUCAACAACGCUGACAGGCGCACCCAGAGUCUGAGCUUGACGACGGCAUCAGCCCUGGGCACUGAUACUGUCAGGUCGAAUCAGUCACCCGCGUUCGGCUCGCACGAACGUACAUUUUCCAAUCCGAUGGCGCCCACUGCUUCGUCGUUGGCAGGUGCGGCUCCGAUGACCAAGAGCAGUUCACACCAAGACCAAUUGCGAUCCUAUUCUCCCGCAGUCUACGCACAGCCGUAUCCAGAGGCGCACGCGGAGCCGCGCGUAACUCAAGUGCCGCAGCAGACUUCUCUUCCGUCGCCUGACUUUGGUGCCGUCAAGACGAUCACGGGGGGACAGAGCAAUGCGGUGAUGCAAGCUCGUCGAUCAUUGGCAAGUCGUCGCAGCGACCAGGCCGCAGUGCCUUGGACGAACCCAGGUGCUGAAAAUGCUGCUGCGGCGCAUCAAAGGACGAGGAGUGCCGAUGCACAAUCGCGGAUGCGUGCCAUGUCGAUCGAAGAACUCGAAGCGCGACACCGCGCCAAACUGACUGCGAUGCAGGCGCCCGCUACCCAGACGGUCCAGGAAGCGGAAGCCCUGCGUAGAGCCAAGGACGAAUGGGAGCGCAAGCAGAAGAUAGAGAGGAGGCGUAUGCAGGAGAGGGAGGCACAGAAGGCUGCUGCUGCUGCUACCGCUGCCGCCGCUCGGCCCACCAUGUCUGGGUCAGCGUCGAAUGGCAGGGUAGCAUCGCCAGUGCAGGGCAGCUUCGAUCUCGCCAGAGCCAGCAGUCCUAGUGUACGAGACGAACGCCGACGAUCGCGCAAUCUCAGCGCCACGUUGCUAGAAGCAGUCGGCGAGGAGGGUCGAGAAGGCGGCGGAGCGAAUCGAGCUGCUCAGUGGCGCCAGUCGAUCUCUGGCGUGGAACAGCUGGAUCCGCGAGCUUCCAGAGCGUCCAACCCUGGUACGCCCACCAGCACGCGCCCUACGUCCCCCCAGCCGACAUCGGCACUGGAGAGAGCAACUCCAACUCCGAGCCCCUUUCCCGCGCAACCCCCGGAGGCUAGGAAGCGCCUGAGCGAAACUGACCGUCGACGUCUGAGCCAAGGUGCAGGUCGAAACAGUCAGCCGCUUCUCAACUUCAAUCUGCCCACUCGCGGUUAA